AACACCCAGCCUGGCCCGGCCCGAUCAUGCCCGACCCAGCUUGAUCAUAGGAAGGCGCAGGGUACGUUAUGUUCAACACUUCUCCCACCCGGACAUGCGUGGCGGAGCUUCAAAGCCAGAGAGCGGGGCGAAGGGGAGAGGACAGGGAUCGAUUCAUCGUUUUCAGAAGCGAACAAAUUAGUUCAGAUCCACGCAUUUCGCUGCACACUCUCACGUGUCUUUAGAUUAGACGCGAGACGAUUGUCGCGAAGCUCUAUUUGGUUCACGGUUGGAGGUUUUUCAGUGCGUGCGGUGUGCUCUUUGACCGUGUGAUUUGGCUCCCCUGUUUAAGGUCUCGAGGUGGAGGUGGAGUGAGGCUUCUGAUCUUAGAGGGCAUGAUUGCAUGCGGUAGCGAGAGUAUCUCGUUUGCGGCUACGUGAGUAGUGAGACUUUGAGUUAGGGAGUUUUGGAGAGGGCUGCGAGUCUUGGAUUGUGGAGCAGGUUGAGAGGACCUGCGAGAAAUGUAGGUUUGAAUUCAUCGUAUUGAUGUGUUAGAGUGUAGACUUGUUGAGAUUUUGUAAUAGUGCCAGCGACUUAGCAUUGUUGAUGCGCGUGAGUAGAAUCAGUGUGAGUGAGCUCACAUGUUCCAGAUCCGUGCCGUAGGCUUCACGAGAGUGUAGCAGCAUGAUCACAGUGGUCUCGCUCCUGAACACGGUUUCGCCGUGUGUGACUGGGCCAGCUCAUCUUUGUGCGCCCUCGCUUUGGACGUACAUUCUUUCAAUCGGCACUUAAUACGACGAAAGCUGCGUGUGUUGUGAAAUGACGAGUUGCAUUUCACCUGUUACUUCAGGAAAUCAAGGUCUAUUAGGUUAGAGUGAGCGCCUGAAUCGAUAAGGAAAGGACGAGUCCGAAAGUUGUCGGUACGCGGAGAUCGAUAGUUGUUUGUGGAUUGAAGAGUGGAUUUCGUUUCAUACGAUGACAGUCAACGGAAUCCUGCAUCCGGAGAGAUGCAUUUUAGUGACGGGCGGGGCAGGAUACAUUGGAACUCAUACAUCACUGCAGCUGUUGCUUGAUGGUUAUAAAGUUGUUAUCUUGGACAACCUUGUCAAUUCAUGCGAGGAAGCUGUCCGAAGGGUCGUGGAUCUGGCUGGCAAGCAAGGGAAAAAUCUUGUUUUUCACAAGGUGGAUCUUUGCGACAAGGUUGGCAUCCAAGCUGUUUUUGACCUGCACCGAUUUGAUGCUGUAAUCCAUUUUGCGGGUUUGAAGGCAGUUGGAGAGAGCUGUGCAAAACCUUUGCCCUACUACAUCAACAAUAUUCUUGGCACUUUGAACCUUCUGGAUGUUAUGAACACUCGUAAUUGCAAAAAGCUAGUGUUUUCAUCUUCUGCUACGGUAUAUGGACAACCGGAGAGCGUCCCGGUAACAGAGGAUUCCCGUCUAUUUGUUCUGAAUCCAUAUGGUCGUACCAAGCUUCAGGUCGAAGAGAUGAUGCGCGAUAUUACCGCUGCAGAUUCAGGUUGGAGAUGCAUAGUGUUACGAUACUUCAAUCCUGUGGGAGCUCACCCCAGUGGCCGCCUUGGAGAAGAUCCUCAGGGCUUUCCGAACAACUUGAUGCCCUUUGUGCAACAGGUGGCUGUGGGCAGAAGGAAAGAGCUGACUGUGUUCGGAACUGAUUACAAUACUAAGGAUGGGUCUGGGGUCCGUGAUUACAUUCACGUCCAGGACCUUGCUACUGGUCACAGUGCCGCCCUCCACAAGCUGUUUACGACGCCUGACAUAGGUUGCACUGCUUACAACCUUGGAACAGGGAAAGGGACCUCUGUGCUGGAAAUAGUAGCCGCAUUCGAGAAGGCUGCGGGAUUGAAAAUUCCUCUGCGAAUUGCAGGCCGACGGCCUGGAGACUGCAGCGUAGUCUACACCGCUACAGACAAGGCAAGGAAAGAACUUGGAUGGAAAGCACUUAAUGGGAUUGACGAGAUGUGUCGAGAUCAAUGGAAGUGGGCAAGCAAUAAUCCAAAUGGCUAUCAACCAAAUCAAGAGCCUUCUGUUGAUUUCAAGCCUAUUGCAAAUGGGAAUGCCAUCUCACAUGACAAUCAUGAAACUGUUGUAAAAAAAGACACCCUUCCUUGAUGUCUUUGGGAGCUCUUGUUUACUACACUCGAGACGUUCUCGACUUCAGUGGUCUCCAUUUGCCACUUUCAUUUGCGAACAGGUCUUGGAAACGCACAGCUAGAGGUAGUAUCUUUUCAACCUCCUAUUCUUAAUCAAAUAGAAGAACAUAUAUAUAUAUAUAUAGUCAUAGAUGUGGAACAACAUUUAUAUUUAGAAAAAUUAAAAGGAUGUGACUUGGAUCGAGGAAUUGCCAGUCACAACGGAUGCGUGUUGAGGUAAAACGAUCUGGGAGGAUGGUAUUAGAUGCGAGGAUGUAUCCAUCUUCUCUUGGAUGCGAGUAGGUUUUAACGACUGAAUAGGUUGUGUAGUUUGAGGGUAAUAGUUGCAUACUACAUGGCCGUGUCACGAUUCAUUGUACAGGAUAAUUCUUUGGACUUGGCGGGGGAUUUCUAGGAGUUUCUUUGCCAGGCGAAAUCAAUGUCAAUAAUCAUUCAGCAGUUCUGCAGGUUUUGGA